CAGCCAGGUUCAUUUACCCUUGGGUCACUGAGAGUGAACCUUUCCAAAAUACGCAUAAUAUCUGGGGACUGUGAAGCCAACAUGACCAGUGGGGACUGUGUGUUUGUCCUAUUUUCCCUCAUACGUGUCUCGCUGAGUGUGAAUAUGACAGGGUUAUAUGGCAGCUUCACCUCCCCCAACUUCCCCCAGACAUACCCUGAUAACCAGCAUGUAGUGUGGAACAUCACUGUCUCAGAGGGCCACAGGGUUAAACUCUACUUUACCCACUUCAGCGUGGAACCCUCCCACCAGUGUGAAUAUGACUACAUUCAGGUUUUGGCAGAGGGGAAUGAGACCUUGCGGUUCUGUGGUGAGGAAGAGAAGAACUUUGAAAGCACCCCCAGGAACACCGUCAUCCUGUCAGCCGGGAACCUCAUGUCAGUGGUCUUUAGGAGUGACUAUUCUAAUGAGGGACGAUUCACUGGCUUCCAAGCAUUUUACACCUCAGAAGACAUCAAUGAAUGUCAGUCCAAGGUAGACGGGGAGAGAGUGUGUGAUCAUUUUUGCCACAAUUACAUAGGUGGAUAUUACUGCACGUGCAGACAAGGACACCUUCUCCAUGACAACAAAAGAUCCUGCACAGUGCCAUGCAACAACCAGACGAUGACCACACUGUCAGGGGUUCUGACCAGUCCAGGCUACCCGAGCCCCUACCCACCCAUGAGUCAGUGUGACCACACUAUCCGUCUGCCGGAAGGCUACAGAAUAAUCCUGGACUUCCUGGAAACCUUUGACAUUGAGGGUCAUCCAGAUGCCCCCUGUCCAUACGAUACAUUGAAGAUUUCAACAGCUGGACAAGUGUAUGGACCCUUUUGUGGAUCAAAGACACCAGGCCGCAUUGACACAGGAAGUUACCAGGUGCACGUUGCAUUCAAAUCUGACCCCAGUGGUAAAAAUAAGGGAUGGAAGAUCAAGUAUACCAGUAUUAAGGUUAAAUCCUCACUGUAACUUAGAGUGAUGGGUUUUUGGCCUGUGACUUUAGUAUUGUGGCAACUAAAGUCACGGUUGACACAAUCAUAAUUGUUGUGAUGAGGCUUGGCUAUUUGUGUCUGACCGUGAAGCACUAUAAGAUAUGAUAUCAGUUGACAUUGUUGUAUUUCUCUGUUUGGUGAGAUGCCAUAACAAAUCAUUAUGGACUCUAAAACCUCACCAGAACAAUCAUUUUUAACCAUUGUUGCAAUAAUUAAUAGGAAUAAAGUAAGACUCAAAAUACAAUUUGACUUAUUAAUUCAGACUGUUUUUUUUGUUUUUUUUUGUUUUACACAGUGUCUUAAUUAGAACAAAUGUUUGGUUACCAUAAAAUAUAACCUAGGUCUAAUAUAUGUGAUCAGACAAGCAUUUUGAUUGAAUUCUUGCCAAAGACAUAAAAUAAUAAUAAAUUAAUUCCCUAAAGCAGUCUGGAAGCAGAAUCUAAGAAGUGUUGAAUGCUAGUCGUUUAACCUUCAUACAUAAUGCAGCUUGUUCUCAGCAAUCUCAGCUCCACUCCUCUAUCAAAACAGCCAUUAAAGGGUUCUCCAGUCCCAUGAAAUUGCCUCUCAUUUGGCACUUUUGUAUUCACGCACCAACACUUCCUCCAUCUGUGCCACAUGAGAGGGGCAAAAGAGCAUGCCUGAAUGUGUGGAUGUAAGAACAAAAUGCACUUGUUGAUUUAUUUUUACUGUUUCUGUGGCUCCAGAUUUCUUCCUGGUGCUUUAGAAUUAAGCCACUGAAACUUCUCUGUUAACUUAUUACUUAAAAAAGUAUGCUAACUUGGACUGCUAUAUACUUUGUAGUUUUAAGUUCACUACAGCUUAGCAAGGCAAAGAAUGUGCUGACCCGGACAUCACCUUGGCAUUUGCAGCCAAUCAGAAUCAUAAGGUCUCUGUUGGAUGUGUUCUCCGAAAGCCACCAGACCACAUGGAAUAAGGGUUGUUUCUAGCAUGAAAUGCCCAGACAGUCCUCGAGGCAACUGUGUGCCUGCUGAGCAAACCUACAGUUUUUACCUUACACUGUCGACUCAUAAUCUAAUCCACCAAAACACAGUGACAGAUGAGAGCACUAUUGACUGCUCCCAUACCCCGCUCACUUCUCACUGUUCAGCCUAGUUGGAGCCAAUUCCACAGGAAUUACGCACAACAUGAAAUCCAUUAACCAACUAUUGGAAAAUAUCUAGCAGCAGCAUGCUGUCAAUAGGCUUACAGCUAAUAUG